ACACCAAAAUCUUUCCCCCAUCAUUUCCCUCCUCACAAUAAUCUUUAUCUCAACCAAUAUAUCUCACAAUAAUCUUCAUUCUUUUCAUUCUUCACUCCACCACCACAACCACCAUGGCCACCACCUUCUUAUCUGCCCCAACUUUCCAAGGCCUCCGGCCACUAAACAAACCCACCGACCACACCACCCUCUUCACCACCAAACCCACCUUAACCAUCACCCCAAAGAAGAAGUUCAACUCAUGUGGCAUCAAGGCUGAGCUCAACACCUCUUUGGUGAUCAGUUUAAGCACCGGUUUAUCACUGUUUUUGGGGAGGUUUGUGUUCUUCAACUUCCAAAGAGAGAAUGUGGCUAAACAAGGGUUGCCGGAGCAAAAUGGUGUGACUCAUUUUGAGGCUGGAGAUAAAAGGGCUAAGGAGUAUGUUAGCUUGUUGAAGUCUAAUGAUCCGGUUGGGUUCAAUAUUGUUGAUGUGCUUGCUUGGGGCUCCAUUGGACAUAUUGUGGCUUACUAUAUUUUGGCUACUUCUAGCAAUGGAUAUGAUCCUAACUUUUUUUAACUUUGCUUGCUUGGUUAUGUGGUUUGGAUUUCAUGUUUUAUGGUUAAUGGAUGUAUUAUUGUUUAUUGUAUAUUGCAUGUAUUAUUGAACCCUAAGUUUUUUUUUUCUUUU